AUGUAUUCGCGUGGAACCAAUAAACCAACUAUUGUAUUGGAGGCCGUAGCUUCAUAUGACCUCUGGAUAUGGCACGCGUUUUUUGGAGCUCCAGGUACUAUGAACGACCUUAAUAUUCUUGAUCGAUCACCCGUUUUUGACGACAUUAUUAACGGAAUAGCCCCAGAAGUAAAUUUCAAUGUGAAUGGGAAUCAGUAUCAUUUGGCAUAUUAUCUCACGGACGGUAUUUAUCCGAAAUGGGCGACUUUUAUUCAAUAUAUCCGACUACCACAAGGUCAGAAGAAUUCAUUAUUCGCUCAAACCCAAGAAGCUGUGAGAAAAGAUGUCGAGCGUGCCUUUGGAGUCCUGCAAGCUAGAUUUGCCGUAGUCCGAAACCCAUCUCAGUUAUGGGAUAAAGAGAAGAUUGCAACUAUUAUGAGAGCAUGUAUCAUUCUCCAUAAUAUGAUUGUCGAAGAUGAACGAUCAGCAUCCACUCAGUAUGACCUUGAAGAAUUUCAAGAAAGGGAAGAGGUGGAUACAUUUUCCGUCAAUAUGCCUUCAAAUCUCGAGGAUUCUAUCGGAAUCUCCUCUGCUCAUGAUAUCCAGAAAAUCUCAUGGUAUUGUGAGAGAUAA